AUGUCAACAACAAUACGAAGUAAAGAAAAUGAUUGUGAUUUUCCUUUAUUUAAAACACCACUUCGUACUGCUAUGUUUACACCAGUACGCAAUCGUAUGUUAUCAUCAGUGACAAUGAAUGAUAUAGCUUUUUAUUCAAAUCAUAUCAAGAGUCUCAAAUUUACUGGUACAACCAGUAUGAAUGAUUUACAAUCGUGUAAUGAUACAAUAAAAACACCAAUUCGUUUAAAUAAAAUUAAACUUUCAACACCAGUAUCUAUUCAACGCCGUCGUGCCUUAGGACUUGUGAAUAACAAUAAUCCGAUAUGUCAUACAUUACCUAAUGAUGAUCCUGCAUUAUUAGCUAGUUUUAAAGAAGUAAAUAGUAAACCGGAUGAACCUGUCAUAGCUCAAGUCCCAUCUACUAAUAUGACACGUUCUAAUUCAGAAGAUGAUCUUCCACAAAGAAGUAGUCAUUCUUAUGAAGAUACAUUUGAUGAUCUUAUACCAACUGAUGAACGCAUUGAACGUAUGCUUACCAAUCAAACAAAUGGUAUCAAUUUGUUUGCCUUUCACGCUGGCAUUGAAAAUACGAUUCGAUAUCAAUCACCACAUUGUUCUCGCAUUGAUGUAUCUAGUCUACUUGAUAUGCUCAAUUAG